GACGGCCACGUGUCCCAUCGCUCAGCGUAAUACAACCAAAAAAAAAAGAAUCCCCUUUAGAGUCAAAGUUUAAAGUUUUCUCUCUCUCUCUUUCUCAAAGCAAUCUUGAAAUACAGAGGAUACAAGGGAAUCAAUAAGCAUUUCAACGAAAUGCUAGGUCAAGAUCCGGGGGAUUUAAGACGAGACACUUCACGCAUCCAAAGUUUUUUACACGAAUGUCGCACCUUGGGUAGUCUCAGAGGAUUCAAGCAUUUUGAAGUGUUUAUGCGUGGUCGUGAAGAACUGGUCUUGCUCAUUCCGAAAAGUCACGAAUAUAAGCAAGAAACAUCGACACUGAUGCCUGCAGAUGUGUUUGCACAACGAACAAUGCAUGAUCAGCAGCAGCAGCAGCAGCAGCAGCAGCCUCAGCAGGAACAAUCACCUAUCAGUAGCAGUGGCAGUAGUAGUCAAGGAUCAUUGAUGCUGGCGGAACGGGUGCCGGUCGAUCCGAAGGAUCAGGAACUGAAAAAGCUACGAUCCAACAGUGUUUCUGUCUUUCUCAUUACUGGUUAUGCAAGAUACAAGUGCCCUUAUAUCUACGUAAAGUAUUCAUUCUAUAGAUAGAUAUAGAGAGUCUGUUUUGAAACUUACUUGAAGCGACUUAUCGUCCAUAUUUUAGAAUCGAUCAUCGGAUGAUUUAUACCCAAUGACACUAGAUACAACCGAAACAUGGAGGAGAAAAGGUAAACAUAAGGUGGAGGUGGGGGGAGGGGGAAGGCAUUAUGUUUAAUUGCGGGAAAUUUUUUUUGUCAGAUGUGCCGUUGUGGGAAAUGG